AUGGUCGAUGUGCCUACGGUUGUGUUAUCCUCAGCGGGGACUCUCUGCAUUGCAGCCUUGUUCUUCACAAUUUAUAAUCGGAGGCGUGCUCAUAUUAAGAUGGCAUUAAGUCUAAGCUAUCAAGCCAUCAAAAACAUACUGUUAUGCCAGACCAAGGAACAGAGAAUUUUAGACUUUGUGCUGAAGAAUGCUGUUCGUGGGGACCCACAGAGUGUAAUAGAUAACAUUGACAAAUACUGCAGUCAAAGGGAGUGGUCCAUGAACGUGGGAAACGAAAAAGGUAUCAUUUUGGAUAACGUAGUAAAAGAAAGUAACCCAUCUACAAUACUGGAGCUGGGAACAUACUGUGGAUAUUCUGCUGUCCGGAUAUGUCGCUUACUGAAGCCUGGUGUUCGCUUCUUCACUGUGGAAUUCAACCCAGCUUAUGCUGCAGUGGCCAAGCAGAUCAUUGAAUUUGCUGGACUUAUCGACAAGGUGCAAGUACUGGAAGGUUCCACAGGUGACAUUAUCCCCCAACUAAAGAAAAAAUAUGAAGUGGAUACUCUAGAUUUUGUCUUUGUAGAUCAUUGGAAGGAUAAAUACAAACCAGAUACUCAACUCUUGGAAAAAUGCAACUUGCUGAGAAAGGGUUCGGUGGUUCUUGCCGACAAUGUGAUCGUGCCAGGGGCUCCUGAUUUCCUGGAAUAUGUCCGGAAUUGUGGCAAAUAUGACUGUACCAAUUUCCCAUCUUUCUUGGAGUAUAUGGAUGAAAAAGAUGCCCUAGAAAAGGCUGUUUUUAGGGGAUAAAUGUAAUUUUGUAUUUGUAACACUGUGGAGCAGUGAUUAGCAUUUGGAAGUUACAGCACUGGGUGCUAGGUUCAAUUCAAGCCAAGGCACUAUCUUCAAGGAACAUGUAUUUUUUUCCCAGUGCUUGUGUGAGUUUCCCCCGGGUUCAUCAGUUUCCCCCCUAACUCUAAAACCAUACAGUCAGGGUUAGUGACUUUAAAUUGACCAUAAUAUGUGAUAGGAACAUUAAUAUCUUAACCCCAUUGUGGACCAAUGUGACUGGACUAUAAAGCUCUGUGGAUCAUGUCAGUGUUAUCUAAAUAAAGCAUAAUAAGUAUUAAUGCUUUAUUUACAGUUGAACUUUAUAGUUAUGACAUCCUCAUUGUACUGUAUGUACUUUACUAUGGUGUAUGGUGUCUUGUGUGUUGUUCUAACUAAAAAAUUUUUAAUAUCACAAAAAUAAAAUGUUUAUUUUAUUCUACAGCUGAA